CUGAUAAUGGGCGUGUCUGUUAGACUAUAUUAGGAACCACGGUCAGCUGCAGGGAGCGUUGUCUGGGUUUGUAUCUGAUGCUCGAGGACGUAAAGAGAAAAAGACAUUUGAGGACAAAUACAUCACCUGUAAAGGAGGUCAUUAAGAAGAGGAUAUUAUGGAGCUCAUCAUCAAAGUCCUGAGUGGGGAAACAAAGACUGUGCAAGUGAAUCCAGGUGACACGAUUGGUGCACUCAAGCAAAAAGUCGCCCAAAUCUUUAAUGCAAGACCUUCACGGCUGAAGCUUUCUGUCACCAAUGGGUGUGUCGUGCAGCUGGACAACGACCAGGAGACUGUGAGCAAUUAUGGUCUGAGUUCAGGGGCCACGGUGAUGCUGCUGAUCUCCAUGACUCCCGUGCCGCUUCAGGUGUUUGUGAAGAAUGAGAAGGGACAGAUGAAGACAUAUGACGUCACUGACGACGAAACUGUUGAUCAGUUGAUGAAAAAGGUACGCCAAAAAGAAGGAGCACCAGAGGACCAGCAGCGGCUGAUCUACAGCGGUCGACAGCUCGAAUCUGGCAGGAAGCUGCAGGAUUACGGCAUUGUUUCUGGAAGCACCAUUCAUAUGACCCUCCGUCUGCGUGGAGGCUGAUGGGACAAACACUUGGAGAUCAUUUUAUCCUAAAAAAUAAUUUAAUGUGAUUCCUUUUGUAAUGUCUGUUACUUUCUAAUUGCACUCAAUUGAUUCUCUUUUUCGGAUAGUUUUUUUGAGUCAUUUUCUGCAGUAUUCUUUCUUAUUCCAGUAUCCAAAACUUUCCAAUAUUCAUUCGAUUGUAUUACAUUUGCUUGCUUCAACAGUUACAUUUUUGCUUUUAGAAUAUUUAAUAUAUAUUAUUUAUUCAUUUAUUUUUUUGUGUGUAAUUGCUAUCUGGGCAAACACUCAGCUGUUAAAAUAUUACAGUAAAAUGUGAUAACUGUUUUUAAAUGAAAUAAAUAAAGCUGAAUUUAAUUUUAACAACAGUA